UGUAUUCCAGAUACACUUUGAUUAGCGGUAUUCACUGUAAUAAAAAACGAUAUCAUGGAAUUCCAAGAUGCGGAGAAAGUUGCUUGCUCUUCCAAAGAUGUCAUUGAGGCAGUGACCAAAAAAUUAAAGUUUUAUUUAGAAGUUCGAAGACGGGAAGAUGGUUUCGACACCUCGCCCUCGUAUAUUCCACGAAAGGCAUAUCCAAAUCUACUUCCCCGGCCCAUGCUCAUGACUGCGCCACAGGAUGUCCCCAUGAAGCACCAUUUUUCUCAUGCAAGAGUCAGGAGUGCAAUGGCUAGGCUUCAGUCAUAUCAGCCACAUAAACCUGCACCUGCGAAUGAUAAACGGGGAAAUAAAAUUCGACAGGAUGUUGAGAAACAUCUUCGGAAAAUGCGUAUCGAUCAUCCGAUGUGGUUUGCCAACCGUGAAUAUGACGUCACCAACGACCUUCAUCGAAUGUGGCUAAAGGAACAAGCAAGACUUGCUGGGAUGCAGUCCCUGCCAGUAAAGCGAAUGAGAAGACCUCUGCGCAACGGAGUAAAAACAAUAGUACGGGCACCACCACCAUAUGUUUCCGCCGAAGAAAAAGAGCGCCUCAUCUCAUCAACAUGUGGGCUAAUACUGGGAACCGAAAAUAUAGCAACAAACCGCCCUACUCGAUAUAUGGAAGUAGGAAAUACAAAACUACAAAGUCUGGAUCAUCCUACUCCAUUGCAAUUCAGUUUUAUGGCAGAUAUCCAUCAACGCUACGUUAGAUCCACGCCACGAUAUGUUGCAGACUCCGCAAUUAUAAAAUGUGGAAAAAAUCGUUAUGUUUAUGACUUGCAUGGGAGAAGAAACAAAGUCGUUAUUUUGAAAGAAGAUUCCCCCGAAUCAGCACAAUUCGUCACAGCAACAGCCUGAUGCCUUCUAUUUCACAAUUUUUAUUUCUCAAUGUAAAAAACUGCAGUCGUAUUACCAAACAUUUUGUGGAAAUUGAAAAUCAGAGAAAUGCAUUCCAAAACGUUACAAAUUCAUUACAGUACUGCAAAUAUCACAGAAUGCCUUUACCCGAUUUUCAAUAGCAAUUAAUCACAUGCAUUGAAUUUCCAUAUUGAUUGCGAGUUCUAUAUCAUUACCAGAUUUUUUAAUAUCCAUCUAUUUUCAACUACUAGUUUCGCUAUUUUAUUUCUAAAUUCAUAUUGUGUAAAAAUUAAGCGAAGGUGGUUUUGGUAUGAAACCCGAUUUUGUGUAUAUUUCAUCUAUUGUUUUUACUGUUUGCUGUAUGGGUGAAUGUUUUGUGUACAAAUGUGCUUUCUUAAUAUACACUGUUUUUAAAUAUUCUUAUGCUCCAUGGAAAAGUAAUGCAAACAAAUCUACGCAGUUGAUAG